GGCGUCAUGGCGCUCGUGGUCGUCAUACAAAACAAAAUCAUAACAACCGAUACCAUAAGACCCCAUAAAAAUGUAUCGUAGAACAUACCAAAUCUCAAACUGUGUUCAAAAUUUGAAAGUAUCUAACGACACCAGUGAAGACAGUAAAACUGAUGAUGACAAUGAAAUAGAUGAAAGUGUAAGAAAACAAGUCAGCAAAGUUUGGCUGGAUAUAGAACAACAAUGUAAUAAGACUACCAGCCCAGCCAGUGAGAAGGGAGAUUCAGAUGACCAGUCAACAGAGGACUGGAAUGUUGUGAGGGUUUUUGUUUCAUCAACCUUCACUGAUUUUUUCAAUGAGAGAGAGGUGCUAGUGAAAAAAGUGUUUCCAGAGCUGAGAGAGUGGUGCCAAGACCGUGGCUUGAAACUAGUAGAAUGUGAUUUACGUUGGGGAGUUCCCAAAGACUCGUCAACAUCAGAUACAAUUCUGAUUUGCCUAGAUGAGAUAGAACGCUGUCGCCAGACAAAUAAAGGGAAGCCGUUCUUUAUAAAUCUCUCAGGAGAAAGGUAUGGCUGGAUUCCAUCUGUUGAGGAAACUCCAACUGAAGCUAAAGAAAAAUACAACUGGGUGGAAGGUACCUCCAUCACUUUCAUGGAAAUUAUGCAUGGGGCAUUCAGAGAGAGAAAUCCCAAUGCUGCAUUUUUCCUGCGAGACAAAUCAGUUUGUGAUGACAUCCCCCAAGCCCAGAAGUCAAGGUUUAUAGAUGGGGGUCAGCUGGCACAGCACCAUCUUAAGGUGAUGAAGAGAAAGUUGCGAGAAAGAUUCCCAGACCAGGUGUUUCCCUACAGCUGUAAGUUCCAGCAAGUUUCCAUGGCAACUGGAAGAGAGCAGGUAGAGCUAUCCGAGUUGGAUGACUUUGCCCAAAAAGUGUUACAGUUUUUAAAGAAAUCCAUAGAAAAAAUGUAUCCAAAUCCUGUGACACCAGAAGACCAAGUGGAUUUAUUCGAACAAGAACAAAAACUGCAGUGGUUGUUUGUAUUGGACAAAGCGAGAGAUCUGAUUGGUCGUCAGAUGGAGCUGGAUCUACUGAAAGAAUUUGUUGAGCAUGGCACAUCUGAAGGGUUGGAAAAGCCAGGAAGUGCUGAAAGUGAAGGGGAAGGUGAGGAGAAUGACUCAAAUAAUCUCUGGGAUUUGCAUGAAACUGACACAAAAAUGUGUGUGGUUGAAGGUGCCAGUGGCUUUGGUAAAACUGCCCUGCUGUGUAAGUUAACCAAGGAGAUAGUUGAGAAAAAAGUUCCAGUUUUUUAUCAUUUCAUCAACAGCAGUCCUGACAGCAACCAAGUAGAGUUUCUGUUAAAAAGAUUUAUUAGAGCUCUUAAACCAGAUCUAACAGAGGAUGAGUGGAACCAGGUAAAUGAAGCCAAUGACAAGGAUCUGCAAUCUCAUCUCAAGUCUGCUCUCUCAAACUUUAGGGUUCAAACUGAGAAGAAAAUGAUUGUUAUCAUUGAUGGCCUUAACGAGAUGGAGAACAGUGACACAACAAGGCAUCUAUCCUGGCUGCCCCCAUCCUUCCCCCACAAUAUCAACUGUAUUGUCAGCACCAACUCCCACCCACCCACCACCGCUAGAGUUUAUGAUAAACCUACUUUUAAAAUGCAUUUGCAAAACAUGUUGUCUGAGGACCUCUCUGCUGUUGCAGUUCGUUACCUGGCAGAUUUUAACAAGAAACUUGACUCCUCUCAGCUGGAAAAACUGUUAUCUAACACAGGGGUAGAUAACCCCCUUUGGAUGAUGCUAAUGGCAGAAGAGUUGAGAGUGUUUGGUGAUUUCAGGUUGUUAGACUCCAAGAUUGCAAACUUUCCAAGUGGUAUGUCAGGACUCUUAAGUCAAAUAAUAAAUCGCUUGAUUGAUGAAGAUGAUGAAUAUGGUGUGAUUAAAAAGGUGCUGUGUUUGAUAGCCUGCUCAAGGCAUGGGCUACCCACUGAUAAAGUCCUGCAGAUCUGUGGGGACAUUGAGAAGAAAGAGGAGCUGGCAGCGUUCCACUGGGCUCGUGCUAGGAGGAUCCUCAAACCUUACAUCAGGCAGUCUGGGCAUGUUGGAGGAACUAUAACAUUUGCCCAUGAGGCUGUGCUCAAGGCUGUGCAAGAACAUCUUUUAAACAAUGACAAUGACAGAAUGACAACCCACUCUCUAUUGGCAGACUUCUACCAGUACUGGUGCAAUGAUGGCAGAGCCAAAGCCUACCACGUGCCAUACCACUUAGAGGCUGCAUUCUUGAGGGAAAGACUUUUGGAUUUCAUCCAGAACGAUGCUGAUUCCUAUUUCUACAUGCACCAAUUUCAAAGAAGCUUUUUACUGCAGAAUCUCCGCUGCAGAGGCCCAGCUCACAGCAAUAUGCCUGGGGCAGCUCCUGUGAUGCUGUGCCACUCCUGCGCCAUGUUCACCCGCGGCUGGAACCCAGGCUGCAACUGGCAGAACAAGGACUGCUGUGCUGUGUGCGGGGCACUGUGUCAAGGCCCCAUGUCAUCCAACGCCAGGGCUUGCAUGCGACACGCCCAGUCAGCUGGCCCAGAUGUGGUCAAGUGUGUCCUGUGUAACUUCCAGGUGAACACAAAGGUCAAGAGUGGACCUCUGACCCCGACCCCAGCUAAGCUGUGCAUGAACUGCAGCAUUGGGCUUGGCUCUGAUAGAUGUUCCAGGUUUGAUGUGUAAAACUCAGGAAUUAUAGUACAAAGUAGUGGAUAACUUUGAUGUACUAUUUACCCUUUCACUGUGAAAAGUUUUUUGAAAAAAACAUUUUGUUUCAAACAACAGCAAUAACAAAAUGACAUGUUAAAGCACAAUCAAAAAGUUUACCUGUGGUUUGUUCUUGGUUUUCUUCACUGUGUUAGUAUUAAACCACCACUUUUUUAUAUCACAUAUAGGUGCACAUAGAUUUACCCAUAAUCUCUAUUUAACUCAUUUAUUGGCAUUACUUCUCUUCUACUGCUUUGAUUAUUUUUUGUUCCAGUAGUGAGUAAGAUACCCAAGAAACCUUAAUGAUAAUUAAGCAAAAGAAGCAUUACAAUACUCUGAAUACACAACUUUACUGAAAACCCUAAACAAAUCAAGGUUUUUUUCCAUUGGAAAUAAAUUUCAGCAAACAUAUGACUGGUUUUUUCAUUUCUUACUUCUCUGAAUACAGUUCUUGUCAUUUAGAGAUUCAUAUACAUCAGCUUACAAGCUAAUGAUGUGACACACUUUAAUUCACUUUGAAGAUUAAAAUUUUAAAAUAUUGUCACACUGACCUUAAGAAUUUUAGGAAAUGAUGUGCUCAUUAAGUGCCGCAAAAAGGUGUUAAUACCAUGUUUUAUGUUGUUGAUUUAAGUUUAUAUUUCAAGCACUCUCUAUGCCUGCACUUUUAUGUAUCAUUCCACUUCAAUUUUUUUCUGUGCAAUAGAUUUGUUGAAACCAAGUUGUUUGUGAGGAGGAUUUGUUAUUUUUAGCACUUCCUAGAUGUAGCUUUUUAAAAUUUAUUUAUGCUGUUUACUAUAUAUAAACAGAUGUUUCUAAGAAUUUUAUUUAUAUAUGUAGCAAAUUUAC